UCGAGAUCGCCCUAACCCGCAGGUCAUUCAUAGAUCCACCACCCUGAUUACCAACUACACUUGCUAUUGAGGAAUUCUCAGGAAGUCAGCACAACUUGAUCGUUCUCAGAAACCAUCAUGUCGGAUUUGGGACGAACUCGCACGGAAGACUCGACCCGAAGAGCAAGAACGCGCUCACGAUCUCGGCCGAGGUCACGGCCUGGCUCCCGAGAACCGGCACUGCACCGGCUAUUGUCUAACCAAUUUCCAGACGAUCAUUCCGUAUACCACCACGAGGACGGCGAAGGAAUCCACGUCGACGGGGAUGCUGCAUCUGUUCACAGAACUGAGACCCAGAGGAGAACUGCCGAGCUUUCAGACUCAGACAGCGAUAGCAGUGAUGUCGUCGAAAAUGAGAAAGACGAGCCGGCGUCACCAAUAGAAGGACAAGAGACUACAAUCCAAGAAAUAAGAGACGGAAUUCCUGACGAAUGCGAUGUGGAAGCAAAUGCACCAGCUUUGGAGAAGAAGAAAUCAAUGGGGUCGAUCAAGGACCCAAAUCUGGUGACAUGGGACGGCCCAGACGACCAAGCCAAUCCAAAAAACUGGUCUAUGCGUAGGAAGUGGGCAGCAACUCUGAUUGUCUCCUGCUUCACUCUCGUUUCUCCCGUCUCUUCGUCCAUGAUAUCCCCUGCGCUUGGAUCGAUUAGCAGGGACUUUCACAUCACUGAAGAGGUGGAGGCACAGCUCACUCUCUCGAUCUUCGUUCUGGCGUAUGCGAUAGGACCGCUAUUUCUUGGACCGAUGUCGGAACUCUACGGGCGUGUCGUCGUACUCCAAGUCGCCAAUGCUUUCUACUUCGCCUGGAACCUGGCAUGCGGCUUCGCGCAGAGCAAGGGCCAGCUGAUGGCAUUUCGAUUUCUCUCCGGCUUGGGUGGUUCUGCUCCUCUCGCGAUCGGUGGUGGCCUGCUCAGUGACACUUUCUACCCCGAGCAGCGUGGUAAAGCAAUUUCGAUUUAUUCGUUGGCUCCUUUACUCGGUCCAGCCAUUGGGCCCAUCGCAGGUGGCUUCAUCGCGCAAACGACUACUUGGCGCUGGUGCUUCUGGUCUACAUCUAUAUUCACGGCAGUAGUCCAGUGCUUUGGUCUGUUCUUUCUCCAGGAGACCUAUGCGCCGAAACUUCUGGCGUGGAAACGCGAUAGGUUGCGCAAAGAGACUGGCAACAUGGAGCUGCAUACCGAGUUCGACGAUCCCAACAAGACGGUCUUCAACACAAUCAAAAUCGCCAUGCAGAGACCCUUCCGCCUCUUGUUCACUCAGCCGAUUGUCAUCGUUCUCGCAUGCUACAUGGCGUACCUCUAUGGUCUCAUGUAUUUGAUGUUGUCGACCUUCCCGGGACUGUGGAGGAGCCAAUAUAACGAGUCUACAGGCAUCGGCUCUCUCAACUUCAUCUCCAUGGGAUUGGGUUUCUUCCUCGGCACACAGAUCACUGCUCCACUCAAUGAUGCCAUAUACCGCCGUCUGAAGAAGCAGAACAACGGUGAAGGAAAGCCCGAGUUCCGCGUUCCUAUUAUGAUACCCGGGUCGAUUCUGGUACCUGUCGGUCUAUUUUGGUAUGGAUGGAGCGCUCAGGCCAAGGUGCACUGGAUUAUGCCUAACAUCGGCGCGGUGCUGUUCUGCGGCGGAGUUAUCGUCAGCUUCCAGUGCAUUCAGACGUAUCUCGUUGACUCUUACACCCGUUAUGCGGCGAGUGCUAUAGCGGCGGCCACGGUGCUGCGGUCGUUGGCCGGAUUUGGAUUCCCAUUAUUUGCGCCGGCCAUGUUCAACGCGCUCGACUAUGGCUGGGGAAAUACUCUGCUGGGAUUUAUCGGGAUUGCUUUGGGUGUCCCGGCACCGUUUUUGCUUUGGAAAUAUGGCCCAACUUUGAGGGCAAGAAGUCAGUUUGCCGCUGGCAGCUAAAGUGUUCAUUGCAUUGUAGUGCACAAGUAGCGUAGUACAGCGAGCAUUGCAUGGGCGGCAUAUUUAGCUUAGAUACCUCUUCC